AUCUCUUCUCACCUCUCCUCUAAUCGAAAGUAACUAUGGUCGUCAAAACAGGUAAAAAACGCGCUUCUCCUGGAGCAGAUGUCGAGAAAAACCCCCUCCAAAAUGUUGAAUUGAGUGACGAAGAUGCUCAAAAGCUCCAAGAUAUCCAAAAAGAUAUCCAACGCGCAGAACUUGUACUAGAGCGUCGUGCACAACAAGCUCUAGUCCCAGUGUACGAAAAAAGACGGGCUGUUGCCAAAUCUAUCUCCAAAUUCUGGCCUGUUGCUCUCAUGAACCACACGAUGUUCGCUUUCCAUGCCCAGCAUAACAUCGACCAGAUUGCACUGAGCUACCUGGAAGAUGUUUGGGUCGCCAGAGACCCGAAGGAGUCCAGAUGUUACACAAUCGAAUUUUACUUCAAAGAGAACCCCUAUUUCUCUGAUUCCGUCUUGAAGAAGGAGUUCAAAUAUGUUGCUCCUCCCUCGGCUUCCGAUGAUGCCCCUGAUGCGGAUGGUAUCACGUCCUCCAUGCUCGACUUCUCCUGGGAACGCGACGUGGUGUCAUCGGCCACAAAAAUCAACUGGAAAGAUGCCGCCAACGCGCUUACCAAGUUGCACCCUCGCGUUGCGGAAGAGGACGAUGAGGACGAUAUGCCUGCAGAAUCCGGAAGCUUCUUCAACUUCUUUGAGAUAGAAUCCGAUCCUUUCGAGGUUGGCGUCCUCAUCGCAAACGAGAUUUUCCCUGAAGCUACCGACUACUUCCUUGGUAACAUGGGAGGUGAUGAGCUUGACAGCGACGACGAAGAUAGCGAGGAUGAUGACGAUGAGGCUGAAGAAAUUGACUUGGAAAAGCCCAAAUCUAAAAAGCAGAAGAAGAAUUAAAAGUCUCCUUUAGCAACCCGCAUCCUGAACGAUGUAUACCAUACUCCUAUCCAACUUUUGGCUAGCGUUCCUUCGUAGAGAUUUUCUCUCCACCCUGUGCCAUCACUCCAUCACGUGCAUUUGCUAGAUGUAUGGUUUUUUUUCGCAGUUUCUGAUCUCGCAUAUCUUUAUUAUAACAUAUAUACAUUCCGUAGUCCAAUGUUGUAGUAGCACAUUGCCAAAGUGUCCAUGACCACGGUAGAAUCU